AUGGAGAUCAGCUAUCUGGACAAGCAAGAGGGAUAUGAAAAUAGUGCCCCCCAAAGAACUGGGAGGCAAGGUCGUGGUGGAGAGGGCAGCGGCCAUCAGGAGCACUCCACUCGACAUCUCAGCUCGAUCGAGCUUGCGGCUCCUUGGCUCGAUCGAGUUGUGCCUCGAGUCAAUGGUGCUCUCCUAAAACCUGUUCCUGCAAGACUUAGCCAAGAAUCACAGAGAUAA